AUGCCGCAAGAGUUGUGUCGCAUCUGUUUGACGGAUUGUGAGGUGAAAUACAGCUUGCUGGAACCGGUCGAACCUCAAGGAUCCAGUCUGUAUUCGGUGCUGUGUAUGCUUUUUCCGGCGGCGUUCAUCGAAGACGGUAACGGCCGGUGGCCUGAGAAAGUGUGUCCAGAGUGUAGGCGGAAAAUCAUCGAUGCCAACGAACUGUACGAACUUUGUGCGGCCAGUGGAGAACGGUUCAAACGCAUUUUCCUCGAAAAGCAAUCCCACAUACCUUACAGCGACUCCCCGCCGCAGGAUACGGUUUAUGCACCGUUCGUUGAAGGGAGUCCCUCGCCAUCAGAAAUAAUACUUGAAGAAGUCAUCGAAACGGACGAAAUGGUCACUAGCCGCGAAUACGCAGGAUUGGAUCGAAUUACGGAGACGCAGAAGGAAUCAAUCAUUUCCACGGAUACUUGCAUUAGUGCAGCCUACUCUAGCGAUCCAGCCAUAGGUGAAGGGAAUUAUAAUGAAGAAUCGUCACAGGUCAGUGAGGGCCAUGGUUGUGAUAAAUGUAAUCGAGUGUUUUCGAACCAAAAAAAGUACGAAACGCAUGUACAGUGUCACGCCUCUGGGCGAACCAAGUUCUGCACGAUCUGUGAAAAAGGAUACCGGGACGUGCGAGUCCUUAAGCAACACAUGCAAUCGCACAGCGCACGAUUUCUAUGUUCAUUGUGUGGCAAGAUUUUCAACGACAAAAGUAAUCUGAAACAGCAUUCGAAGCGCCAUUCGGGAGAGAAGAAAUUUGCCUGCAGCUUAUGUCCGAUUCGAUUCCAUGCUAAAGGAGACUUGCAAGCGCACCAAAGUACACAUUCGAGCGAUAAACAGUUUAGCUGUGAAAUUUGUGGAUCCAAGUUCACCAGGAAGUGCUCUCUGCUUAAUCAUCAACGCAUUCAUAAAGGCAAACGAGCGUACAGUUGCGAUGCCUGUAGUGCGAGUUUUUUCACAGCCCAUCAUCUCAAACGCCACAUAUUUACCCACACCGGGGAAAAACCCUACCAUUGCCGAUUUUGUACUCAAAAAUUCGCCCAAAGCAACGAUCUGGUAAAGCACGCGCAGAUACACGUCGGGGAGCUAAUUUAUCAAUGUGAUCGCUGUGAUGCUGCUUAUCGGUUGAUGUCGCAGCUGCGGAAUCACUAUCAGGAGCAUGCAGGUCUGAACGGCGAGCUGGAUUUUCCGGCAAACAAAGAUUUUCGAUUCUCCAGCAAGGACAUACUUAACGCGCGGUACGUGAAAAACCAGAUGGUGGCGAGCAAGGGGGUAGAGGAUGUCGAUACGAUAGCGGAUUGCCCCGGAACCAGUGCAAUUAGUCUUCCAGGAUCGAUCGAAAAGGUUAAAUUUACAAAAAAAGUCGUUGAAAACCGGAAAUGGCUACCUAAAAUGUCGCUAGAACUUUGUCGCCUUUGUUUAACGACCGUCGAAGUUGCGUGCAGUAUUUAUGAGCCAGUAAGGGGUGAGGAAACGUUUCUAACAUUGCUGUCCAGGAUACUUCAUCCUCACGAGCUUCCCGACGACGGCAAUGAAGAGUGGCCAACGAAAAUCUGUGAGGAAUGUAAGCGCAAAACCCUCCACGCGUACGACCUGUACGAACUGUGUCUGUCCAGCGGCGAAAGGAUACGGGAAAUGCUCUCGACGACCCGUGAUGCCUCGAUGAUCUGUAAGCGGUCGCCGUCUCCCGAAGUUGAGGCUGUCGAUUGUAAAUCUUCUGUCGAUCCGGAGCUGUUGCAGUUUGCUCCCGAUGAGCAGCAGGAUUUACAAGAGGAUCUCAAACCCAUGGCGUACAAGGAAGAACCAUCGAAUGCCAGCAGUGAAGAUGUCGAGAAAACACCAAGCCACUUGCAAUCAGACUGUUACUCGUGUACCCUGUGCAUGGUAAUAUUCCCAUCUCAAUCCCAACUGUCCAGUCAUUUGAAGGAUCAGCACGGUGAUCAAUGUUACUACUGCGAGCCCUGCGAGAGAGCGUUCCUGGAGAGGGAAAAGUAUGUGGCUCACAAGAAAUGCCACGAUCUCGGCCGGAUCCAUUUCUGCACCAGCUGUGAAAAGGGUUUUCGAACCGUUGAAGCUCACCGGCUGCACGUGUUGUCGCAUGAUGCACCGUACUUGUGUGCCGAAUGUGGCAAAAAGUUUGAAACCAAAAGUAAUCUUAAACAGCACAUGAAGCGGCAUUCGAACGUGAGAGCCUUUGCCUGCAAGCUGUGCCCAUCUAAAUUCCAUUCCAAAGGCGAAUUGAAGACACAUCAGUACACCCAUUCCAAGCUCAAACAGUUCAGUUGCGAUUUGUGUGGCUCUCUGUUUACCAAAAACUCCUCGCUGGCAAAACAUCAACGUAUUCACACAGGAAUACGUCCGUUCAGUUGUGAGGCUUGCAGCAGAAGUUUCUACACAUCCGAUCUUCUCAAACGCCAUAUGCUAACCCAUACGGGAGAGCGACCGUACAAAUGUACAUACUGUAUCCGUUCGUUCUCUCAGAGCAACGAUCUGGUGAAGCACAUGCGAAUCCACAUCGGUACCAACAUUUACAAGUGCGAUCGAUGCGACGCAUCGUAUCGGUUGCUGUCGGAGCUGCGCGAUCAUUACAAGGUACACUAUCAGUCGGAUGAAGGGAAGGGUGGUGCUAGUGCGGAAUCCACCGUCGGCGAGGGGGAGAGUCGCGAUUUUCGAUUCACAACUACCAACAUUUUGCAUCUACACUACACCAAAGAAGUUUCUAAGGGAGCAAUAAAAAAGUAGCCGAGGGUUUCCAUGGACAUCGACGCAGAACGCGCAUGUUGCUUAGGUUUAUUAACUUACAUCUGAAUAUCUGAUUUGGGGAAUUGUAUCGGAAU